AGCAUUCCUGAUGUUCCUGAAGAGUUACAAGAGGAGAAUGGCAUCAGCUAUCAGUUCUGUGUUUAUCAGCGUGAUUUAAAGCCCUGAUCAUUUUUCAACUGGACAUAGAAUGUGGAAUUGGUUGUGAAGAAUCUUCCAUAGUUAAAAAGAAGAAAGGAAUAGUAAAAAUAAGAAGGGUUGAUACAGGAGAAAUUUGAGCUAAAAUCAAACAUUUUGUGCCAAUUUGGUUGGCCCUAUAUCAGCAAGCCUGGAUAUGUUGACUUGCUGCUAUUAAAUUUAUAUUAUUUCCUUAAGAUGAAACUAAGAAUUUCACAUUUCUUUAACAGCACAAGAAUAAGAACCAUCUUCAGCUGCAUUGGUAACGGCGUCAAUUUUUAAUAUAUGAAUGCAGCUUUGACGGGGUUGGAACACAAUAAGUGGAAACAUUUUAGAACUUUUUUUCGGUUAAUUUCGAUGUCCGAAAAGUUUUUUGUCAGGUAAUUGUGAGUAUGCAAAUGACUUAAAGCAGAUAACACAGUUUAUAAAAAAAAUUCCUUUUUGAAAUUUUAUACGUCAUCAUCAGAUGCAAAAUAACGUUAUUA